AUGGAGAGAAAAUUGAUUAGGAAAAAUAUCUUGAUCACAGGUUGCUUGUCAGGAAUCGAUCUGGAAACGGCGCGUGCCCUAUUUGAAACAGGUGCCACACUAUUCUUAACUGCGCGGUAUGAUUACAAGGCCGAAACCAACUUCUCUGCUCUCAAUAAGUGCAUUUGGAGCUGCUGA